AUACAUAUUCUAAAUGUGUGUGCACAUUCAUUAUGUCCGUGUUCACAAUUAGUAAAUGUAUGUACACAUUUAUUAUACCUGUGUACACAUCUGAUUAAACGUGUACAUAUUCAUUAACCGUAUGUACAAGUCUAAAGAAACGUAAGCACAUUCAUUAAGUGUGUAUAUACAUCAGUUCAAACAUGUUCACAUACAUACCUCCAUCAAGCUUGUGUACACAUUUAGUUCAACGUGUACGCAUUCACCAAGUGUGUGUACACAUUGGAUUUAAGAUGUACACAUUCAUGAACUAUGUAUACAUAUUUAAUUCAUCAUGUACACAUUCAUUAAGCGUGUGAAAGCAUUCGAUUAAAGAUGCAUGAGUACAUUAUUAGCUUAAAAACGUAGCGAUAAACAUGCAAAGAAUAUUUAAAUCUAAGAUCAAUUAACAAAUUACAUUAUGCAUUCGAUUUUUUGUUGAUAUUUCUUUUAUUAUUUAUAAUUUUUUUUUUUCUAUUUAUUAUCCCUAGUGUGAUUUUCCUUGUUUUUUUCUGUUCAGUUUUUCUUCCUAUAAAUAUCAGUUACCACUGACACUUCGACCUCCACCUAUCUCGCCCUAUAUUCAUCUCUUCAUCAUCCACUAUCCCCCAUAUUCCUCUGUCACCAUCCAUAAUAAUUAUUCCCUACCAUCCAUUAUCCAUUAUCCCAUUCGCAUUACAUCUAACUACUCCCUCUGAUCCGCAGAUAAUGUCAUACUGGCUAAAGAUCUUGGCUCUUACCUGCGUCUACCCGGUGAUCUUGCUCUCAGCUAGACCAAGGGAGGUCUGGCCUCCCUUCAUCGCCACCUUCCACAGCCUCAAGCGAUGUCGAGUCAGAGGUUACCUACAAGACCACGAGGCCGACCUUGACCUCUCCAGUAUCGGCGUCGGUGGGGGAGGAGGAGGCGUCGGAGGAGGAGGAGGAGGAGGAGGAGGAGGAGGUGUGAUGGGCAGCGUGAGCGUGGGCGUAAGCGAGGGGUCUCUGCGGAAGUCGAGGAGGAUUUCAAGGGCGUCUCACGUGACCGACUCGACUGUGGUCUCAGCCUCACCCUCGCACUCGACCAAAGAGACGUGCCCGCCCUCCACCGUCAGUAGGCUGUAGGAGGCCUUGUAGAAGAGGAGGAGGAGGAGCGAGAGAGUGAGUGAGUGAGUGAGUGAGUGAGUGAGUGAGUGAGUGAGUGAGUGAGUGAGUGAGUGAGUGAGCGAGUGAGAGAUAGAUAGAUAGAUAGAU